AUGAUCUCUAUUAUGACCAAUCUUAGAAAAAAUUGAAAAAAAUGAAAAUAUUUAUAAAUAAGUACCCCAAAACAGUCAAAAUAUUUAGAAGAUUGUAGUUUGUAAUUUCAAUAGUAUGUUUUGGUUUUAUAUUACUGUUCGAUCGCUGAACGGUUUUUCUGGCCACCUAUUUUUAUGUGCUCGGGUUAGCACAGGUGUGGUGGAGAUAAGAUGUCCGGCAAGGAGAUAAAGUGUCCGACAAAGCUCCCCUCUCCACUGUCCGGUGACAAUUCGCUAGCCGAUGGCCAGCCCGGCUUUCGCAAGUCUACGUUGUCUUCUUUUUCCAACGGUCGAACCGGACAGGCGUCCGUCUUGUGCCGCCCGCCAUUGUAAACCUCGUGGUUUUUCUUCACUCGUAGCUUUUAAGCUUGUAACUAUUAUCGCUGUGCGUUUUGUGUUGUUGUGGUCAUCACAAUUCUUGCCGGGCGUGCCGUUUUUUUUUUGUUGAGCCGUAAAACGGUAAUUUUUCGCGUGUGCGUGCCCUUUCGUUAUUAUAUAAACCACGUGUUUAAGCUCCUCAGCUUUUCGUGUCCUGUGUGGCCGCUUUGUCGACCCACCGGCUCCAGAGAUCUACACAUACUCUGAUAUCCGUACCAGACGUGUCCAGUGUGCUGCCGUCCAACGUCUACAGUCUGCAGUGUCAUUCAUUUGUAGACUACACCAACGAGCUCUGCUCCCAGGCCUUGGAAUAUCAUCAUGUAGUUAUGAUGGUGAACUCCUAUCACAAUGUGGUUUAAAGGAUGUCAGUAUUGCGGAUAUACCAUAUGGGUGCACGGCUAUAAUUUUUGAUGGAUUUUAUAUGGCAUUAACAAACAAUGUUGUAGUACCUUCCGAUGCAGAUUAUGUAUUAGCUACAUUAGACGUAAUAUUGAAAAGUUCUAAGAAUGUAUUUAUAUUGUAUGGUCACACAACUCAAGAAAGAUGGACUCAAGUACUUGCUUGUGAAGCAUGUAAUAAUGGAACAAACUCACAGAAUGAAAUGAAAGGCUUAAAAUCAUUUUUGGAUCAACAUCCGGGGAUAAAAGGUCUACUAAUUACAAAUUUAGAACUUGAUGAAAACUCCGUAGAUUUUCCCGAAUACUCUGAAAAUUUCAAGGUUUAUCUUGAUACGAUGAGAUCGAAUUUUCCUGAUUUGACUAUUGGUCUUUUUUUAGAGGGAAAAUUUAUAGUAGAUCAGCAUACCAACCCAAAAUUAACUUGGUUGAAUUUCACAAUAAUAGAUUCAUCCGUAGAUUUCUACAGUAUUUCUGUAGUGACUUUUAAUGAUUGUACUGAUGAAUUCAAACUCCUUGGAACAGCUCCAAUAGGAUUAUCGAAAUCAUUAAAUACUACAAGUUUAGGACAUUCAAAUUCGUCAUGUACAGGUUCAUCGAAUUCAUCAAGUACAGGUUCAACAAAUGUAACGAUGCCAGUUACAAAUUAUACAUUGAGUAAUUUAAAAGAUAUUUUAGCGGACCUAUCUAUUCCACAAAAUAAAACAUAUUAUAGAUAUAGAUUGAACCCAUUGCCACAGGAUGUUUCAUUAUUACUGUGUAACACGACCGUUGCCGAGAUGUGCUCAAAUGGAACUGAUUCAAGUUCUUGGUGUUACGAAACUAUAGAAUCGUUUAAUGAAAAAGGUCAAUUUGCCAAAGAAAAUGGAGCAGGAUUUAUAGUUAAUUAUAUAGAAAUAAAUGAUCCUGAUAAUGUUUGUAAGUGUGGACCAUACCCUUCGUUUAACGCUAUUCUGAAUGGUUAUAAUGGUAAUAGUGCUAAUACCACAAAAGAAUGUGCUUUAUUAAAGAGAUCUUAGAAGAUAUAGUUAAACAAUUUUUGGACGAUAUGCAUCACCUAAUAUGGUGAUUUUGUAUUGUUUAACUAAAAUGAUUUUAUAAUUUUCAUUUAGGGUCUUGAUUUAGACUAUUAUGGUAUUAUUUAACAUUGUUCACAUUUUGUUUAUUAAAUUUAAUCAAUUUUGUUAUAUUAGAAAAUUUCAAAAAUAUAUAUUUAAUAAUUUACUACA